CCCGCCGGCGGGUCCGCGCGCGGCCAUGGAGCUGGAGGUGCCGGACGAGGCGGAGAGCGCCGAAGCCGGGGCCGUGACCUCGGAGGCGGCCUGGGCGGCGGAGAGCGGUGCGACAGCAGGUUCGGCCCAGAAAAAGACAACCCCAGCAGAGGUCCCACUGAUGACUGGACAGCCCGGCCCUGGCCAUGGGAAGAAGCUGGGUCAUCGAGGCGUGGACGCAUCUGGCGAAACCACCUACAAGAAGACCACGUCCUCUACCCUGAAGGGGGCCAUCCAGCUGGGCAUCGGCUACACCGUGGGCAACCUGAGCUCCAAGCCAGAGCGUGACGUGCUCAUGCAGGACUUCUAUGUGGUGGAGAGCAUCUUCUUUCCCAGUGAAGGCAGCAACCUCACUCCCGCCCAUCACUUCCAGGACUUCAGGUUCAAGACCUAUGCGCCUGUUGCCUUCCGCUACUUCCGGGAGCUCUUUGGGAUUCGGCCAGAUGACUACUUGUACUCGCUGUGCAACGAGCCGCUCAUUGAGCUGUCUAACCCCGGUGCCAGUGGCUCCUUGUUCUACGUCACCAGCGACGACGAGUUCAUCAUCAAGACGGUGAUGCACAAGGAGGCCGAGUUCCUGCAGAAGCUGCUGCCCGGCUACUACAUGAACCUCAAUCAGAAUCCCCGGACACUGCUGCCCAAGUUCUAUGGGCUAUACUGCGUGCAGUCGGGCGGCAAGAACAUCCGCGUGGUGGUGAUGAACAACGUGCUGCCACGCGUGGUCAAGAUGCACCUCAAGUUCGACCUCAAAGGCUCCACGUACAAGCGGCGGGCCAGCAAGAAGGAGAAGGAGAAGAGCAUCCCCACCUACAAGGACCUGGACUUCAUUCAGGACAUGCCCGAGGGGCUAAUGCUUGAUGCCGACACCUUCUCUGCACUCGUCAAGACCCUGCAACGCGACUGCCUGGUGCUGGAGAGCUUCAAGAUCAUGGACUAUAGCCUGCUCCUAGGCGUCCACAACAUCGACCAGCAGGAGCGUGAGCGGCAGGCUGAGGGCGCCCAGAGCACAGCCGAUGAGAAGCGGCCGCUGGGCCAGAAGGCGCUCUACUCCACAGCCAUGGAGUCUAUCCAGGGUGGCGCCGCACGCGGGGAGGCCAUCGAGACGGAUGACACGAUGGGGGGGAUCCCCGCGGUGAAUGGUCGAGGAGAGCGUUUGCUUCUGCACAUUGGAAUCAUUGACAUCCUGCAGUCCUACAGGUUCAUCAAGAAGCUGGAACACACCUGGAAGGCUCUCGUCCACGAUGGGGACACAGUCUCCGUCCACCGGCCCAGCUUCUAUGCCGAACGCUUCUUCAAGUUCAUGAGCAACACGGUUUUCCGGAAGAACUCCUCCCUGAAGUCCUCACCAUCCAAGAAGGGCCGUGGUGCCUUGCUGGCCGUCAAGCCCCUGGGGCCCACGGCCGCCUUCUCGGCCAGCCAGAUCCCCAGCGAGCGGGAGGAUGCACAGUACGACCUGCGGGGGGCCCGCAGCUACCCCACACUGGAGGACGAGGGUCGGCCAGACCUCUUGCCCUGCACACCGCCGUCUUUUGAGGAGGCCACCACUGCCUCCAUCGCCACGACCCUAUCUUCCACGUCCCUCUCUAUCCCAGAGCGGUCCCCCUCGGAGUCGUCAGAGCAGCCGCGGUACCGGCGGCGCACACAGUCCUCGGGACAGGAUGGCCGGCCCCAGGAGGAGACGCAAGCGGAGGAGGACCUGCAGCAGAUCACAGUGCAGGUGGAGCCUGCGUGCAGCGUGGAGAUCGUGGUCCCCAAGGAGGAGGAUGCAGGGGAGGGGGCGUCCCCAGCCUGUGCCUCUGCCGCUGUCGAAGCGGAAACCGCCAGCCAGGCCUCCGAGCCCGCCAGCCAGGCCUCGGAUGAGGAAGACGCGCCCGCCACGGACAUCUACUUUCCCACCGAUGAGAGGAGCUGGGUGUACUCCCCGCUUCACUAUAGCACGCAGGCCCAGCCUGCCUCCGACGGCGAGAGCGACACAUAAUUCCUAUGCAGACACUGACCCGGAGCCGAGUGCCCGCCGCUGCCCCGGCCGCUUCCUGGAGGCACUGCCCGCCUCGCUCAGCCCAGAGCUCGGGAGAUGCCCGCCUGGCAGCCAGCCCUCGCCCUCGUCCUCCCCUGACGACACCGACACUCCUGGCUGCUGAGCGACCCCCAUCCGGACGGCCUGCCCCGCCCUGGCUCCCCGACAACUACCUACGCCUGAUACUGUGAACCCUCCUGCAUUUCCGAUCAUGUAUUUAUUUUGGGUCCUUAUUCUUUGCACAGACAUGGUAGCACACAUGUGUGUGUUUUUUUAGAAAAAGGAAAAGGCAAAAAAAAAACCACAAUGGAAAAGAAGAAACUCUAUUUCACUGCACUUUUGGUUCAUUGCUGUGCUUGCAUGUUUUGCUGAGGUAAUCUGCGCCCCAGCGGAAUCCACUCUAGGUCUGGGCCAGGUGGACAGGCCCCUAGGACAGAAGGGCCACCGCGUUCCCCAGGGUGCCUCUGGAGGCUGCACACUGCACCUGCCAAGCACUGUUGGCUCAGGUUUUUGGGCUGAGAGAGCUGGACACCAUCCUUGAGGGCAGCACAGUGGUGGCUGGGAUAGCUUUUCACCAGUGGCCCUGCCAUCUCUCAGCAUCUGUCUCCCACCACCUGCCUCCCUUGUGACCACGAGCAGGAAUCCCCAGGCGUGAUGAGAACCUCCAUGUGGACACAUAGCUGCCCUGACUCAGUAGAGCUCAGGGCUGUGGGCUUCUCUCUUCUCUCGAAGAUGGGCCGAGGCAGGAGGAGGCAGCCAGGCACUGAGGCCCUGGGACUUCCCAAGGUCUGUGUCCUGAAGGGGAGCCCCCACGGGCAGGCCACCAGGGCUAGAAGACCAGACCUCCUCCUGUAAAAGGACUGAGGUAGGCAUCCUCUCUCUUUUAAAUGAUGGAGACACCUGUGCCGAUUGAAGGAUAGGAGAAGAAAUUCUUGAUGAAAAACAAUUUUUUUUUGGAUGGUUCCACUUCUGGGCCCAGAGCCCCACAGGGCGACUGCCAGGGGCCCCGCUGCGUCCAUAGGCAGCUGCUGGAGCUGACAGCUUUGCAGGGUCUCCUGCCUGCCUCCGGAGAGGGACACAUCAGGGAUUGUUCACCUGGCCCACCCAGCCCUGCACAGGAGGAGCUGUGAGCCAGUGUGGAGCGGAAGCUGCACUUUGCGGAAGAACUCCCACCUUUGCCUCCCUGGUGGAGCCUGAGAUGGCUGGAGAACCCGCCAAGCCAGGAUUUGAUUUGCAAGUUCAUUGCAAGCUGUGUACACUGCUGUCUUUUCCUACAAGGGCCCCUCAUCGCCUCCCCUGGCACAUCCUGCUUUGUGCACCUGGACGGAGCCUCUUGGCUGGCUGCACCCCUCCUCGGGCUUAUCCCCGGGGGCUCUCCGCUCACAGGGCCACCAAGGAUGCCGCAGCACAAGGCUUGGGGAAGAGGACCCAUCAGGAAAGUCCUGCAGGUGUUCUGCUCCCCUCCUACCCGCGAGGGGGUGUCCAGACCCUGGAGCAUCCUCACCUGGACUUCCACCAAGGCACCGUCCACAGUGCCCCAUGCGCACAAGUCCCCAGUCGGUGCCUGCCCUGUCCCGCCUGGAGGAGGUGGGCUGAAUGGGCAGAGGUCUGAAGAUGACUUAACAGCCACUGUUAUGUUGCCCCAAUGCCGACAUCAGAGCCCCUGGCCAGGCCCCCAAGGCCAGCUGCAGAGAUGCGGUGCAUCCCGUGUGGACCACCAGCAGGCCCCAUGUCCAGGGCAUCCUUGGCCACCUGGAGCCGGGAAGCAGGGCCCCGGGGCUUUCCUGAGUGAAUCACAGACAGAUGCUCACUUGGAUAAAUUUGCAAACCUCCUGGACAUCAUGAUGUUUUCAUUCCUGUGCUAAGUCAUGAGUACCCCUUCAGAGUCCCCUUUGUGUUGGUUGCAUUUUUUUGUCCCUUUUUCAGAGAACUGUCACGUGGAUGCAAGGUGGUCCUCGGAUUAGGCUGCCAGGAAGCGUGUGCUUAUGGUCAGGGUGAGAGGGUGGGAAGGCAAGACCUUAUUUAUAACAUGCAGCGAACUCACGGUCUUCCCCAGACCCCCAACAGGAAGGGCCCUGGACCCACCCAGCUGUCAUCCCACCUCCAGGAUAGAAAUCUGCCAACUCCUUGGUGGUGAUGCCCCAGUUCCGUCCCAGCUCGUCCUUGACAGCUGCUGUCCCUGAGAACGUGGGCACUGUCUGCCGUGCCGUACUGUACAUGGGAAAGGUGUGUCCUGAGACUGACAAGGUGGGACCUCCCACAUGUCCCAUCCCAGCCUCCAUCCUCUGCCUCCUCUCGCCCCCUUCCUCCCAUCACCUGGCUCAGUGCAAUACUUCCAUCCCCAUGGGGUCCCCUGCCAUGGUACUGUUGCCGCAGCCCCUCGGUCCCCACCCCAGAACAAGCACCCUCGGUCACCUUCUCUGGUAAUUCAGUUGCAUCGCCUGUCCCUACCCCAACCCCAUUUUUAUGGCCCAACUGAUUUCCAAACAACAAAACUGCAAACCUUGUGUGUCUUAAUCUCACUGGGGGUCCCAUGUGCUCAGCCCCCGUGGUCUGGUGUGUGACAAUCCGGGGCUCAGCCUCCUCGGGCGCAGGACGCCAGCCCGCUCAAACCCAGAGCCGUGGGCGCCUCUGUGACCGCAGCCACUGCUGGCCCCAUAACACUCGUAUGCAGCCCCAGAUCCUCCCCACCCCAGCCCCGCCACCCCACCCGCCCUUUUUACGUUGAAGAGAUCUCUAAUAAAUCGGGU